AUGUCAUCAAGAGUCGGUCGUCUUCUUCACGCCAUCUAUCCACCAUACCCGUCCACUAUCCAAAAAGAUCAACAGGAAAUCCCAACAUCUACCACUGUGAGCUCUCAUCGUCCCACAUCUCCGCGCGAGCUCCCGUCGCAUCACGCCUGCACCUUGGACAGCACCUGCGUCCGCAACGUCGAGAACCAGCUCAUCUCGGGCCUCGGCAUUCUCAUCGACUACCUGAACAAGGGCAACGGCGAGCUGCAGCUGUCUCGCCUGCGGCGCCGCGCCGAGCUCUGGUGCCAGGCUUACUUUGACUCCCUCGACUACACCAUCGCCCAUCGCGGCGCCGUCGUGCCGCAGAGCGUCCUCGAUGUGCAUCCGCACCUCUUUGACGUGCGCAUCGAGUCGCACUCGCGGCUCGACCCUCCUCCUCCUCCUCCUCCUCCGGCGGCGUCGGCAGAAUCGGCGUCGUCGUCGGCGCGCUCUACACCGUCGCUCGUCUCCGAUAAUGACACCGAGAUGGAGUCGGACUCGGACGCCAACUCCCAAUCGCCCGCCAGCAUCGAAAAGGACGCCGAUGCCGGCGACACCAAACAGUUCCCGCCGUACACGGAGCCUGUGCUGCUGCCCGACAAGGCCAUCGAUGCGCUCCUGGACCGAUACGACCGCGACAAGGCGCUGCAGGAAGCCCGCCGGCAGAAACGUCUCCUCGCCGCCCUGUACGAAGGAGCCGGCAUCGGCGCCUCGAUGCCCCCGGAGCACCGCUCCCUGCUCUUUGACAGCUCCGUGCGCGCCGCCGACCUGCGCGGCUCGCCACUCCUGCACCACAUGCCCGAGCUGCUCGCUUAUCUGGCGCGCCUGCCGCCCGCGCCGACAUACACGCAGUUUCUGCGCAACAAGCAGCGCCGCGUCGACGAGCACGACGUUGCGCAAAAGAUUUACCGAGAGUCGCUGCCGUACGGGCCAAUGACGCAGCCGUGCCCGCUGCCCGGCCUGGCGGGGUCGGUGCGCAUGCCGCGUCUGGGCGCGGCCGAGAUGGCGAGGCGCGCAAAGGCGGCCGAGGAGAAGACCGAAGAUAAAGACGUCUUUAUGUGCUGGUCCACGGACUGCGCCAAAGAUCCGCACUUUAAUCAGAAUUCGCCGUCGUGCAAGAGGCCUCACAGCAGCAGCGACACUGACGACUCGGAUUCGGACGACUCUGACUCUUACUCUGACGAUGCUGAUUUUCUUCCUAGAGCGCCGAAGCGCUUGGUUAUUGGAGUGAGGUGUUGGUAA